UCGCGCUUGUGAGACUUUCAGCGAGGACGCGGUCGGACUUUUCCAUGUCUGAAAACGAGCGUCCCUCCCUCGGGUGUUGGUGCACAACAGAGGGAACGCUUCAAAGUAUGGACGUGAGAACUUGGCUCCAUGACUUUGGACUCCGGUGCUGACUUGUUUCCUGGCUCCAGCUGCAGAGGAGCAGACGGAGCAACAAUCCGAUGGAACAUCAUGCGGCGGUUUGAACCCAUGGAGACAUGGCACAGAGGUUCCUCUCAUCCACCAACAGAUUCAUCUUCAUAUUCACCGUCUCGCUCUCCUGCACUUACUUAUGCUACAGCAUCAUCUUUUGCCGCAGCUCGAUCAUGACACACCGGAGUUCCGACGGGAGACGAUGCGCGUCCGGGAAGAACGCGGGAGGGAAGAAACUUCUGGGCAAACUGGAGAACUGCGCUCCGCUGGUGGUGCGCUCCUCCGCGCUGGACCCCCAGCGUGGCUCCAGCAAAACGUCACAUGAGAGCCAGUGGUCCGAGGUGAACGUGAGGAACAUGACCGUGGCGCAAAGGUUUGGGAAUAAGAAGCUGCCCACUGCGUUGAUAGUCGGUGUGAAGAAAGGGGGGACCAGGGCGGUGCUGGAGUUCAUCCGGAUACAUCCAGAUGUCAGAGCUCUGGGGACAGAGCCGCACUUUUUCGACCGACACUACGACCGAGGGCUGGACUGGUACAGGAGUCUGAUGCCCCGGACUCUUAACAGCCAGGUGACUUUGGAAAAGACUCCAAGUUACUUUGUCACCAGGGAAGCACCAAAACGGAUUGCGAGCAUGUCACACGAGACCAAACUGAUCGUGGUGGUGCGCAACCCGGUCACCAGGGCCAUCUCGGACUACACCCAGACGCUCUCCAAAAAGCCUGACAUCCCCACGUUUGAAGAGCUGGCAUUUAAGAACCGAAGCCUGGGUUUGGUGGACACCUCCUGGAACGCCAUCAGGAUCGGAAUGUACAUAAUCCACUUGGAGAACUGGCUCCAGUAUUUUCGCCUUUCGCAGAUCCACUUCGUGAGUGGGGAGAGGCUGAUCACCGACCCGGCAGGGGAAAUGGGUCGGGUCCAGGACUUUCUGGGACUCAAAAGAAUAAUCACGGACAAGCACUUCUACUUCAACCGAACCAAAGGUUUCCCGUGUCUGAAGAAGCCGGAGAGUAGCAGCCAACCACGCUGCCUCGGCAAAUCGAAAGGUCGGACUCACGUGCAAAUCGAGCGCGAGGUCAUCGAGCAGCUGCGGGAGUUUUAUAGGCCGUUUAAUAUCAAGUUCUUUGAAACUGUGGGGCAGGACUUCAAGUGGGACUGAGAACAGCCCGAAAUGUUUAUUAAGAUCCAUUGUACUUUGCAGAAUAAUAUAUAUAUAUAUAUCAAAUAAUACACAUCUGAAAAGUGCCAUUUCUGUAAAAUUUAAAGAAUAUAUUUAUCUUCUACCAACAUAUAUAUGUUCAAGAAAGAAGAGUUUUUGUACUGAACUGAUGCCAAGUUAGCUUAUUAAUGUUGGAUCCAAUUCCAGACUGACUAGUUUCCCAGAUGACUGAGAAGUAACUCCCAAUCCCAA